AUGGUUGGUUUCCUGCAGAGUCCCGCCGCUGAUGGAGCUAUAACGGAGGAGAAAGAAGACACCAAAUCAAUAGUUUCAGCAGAUACCAAGAAGCCUCAAGACCCUUGUAACCCGGAGCUCGAAGACGUCCCGUCAUCGUUCACCGAUAGUUUUCUCGAUCUCGACUCUAUCAGCGGCUGGCUCCUGGGAAGGAGCCCCGAUAUCUCCGGCGACCCGGUUAUGGCCAGUUUGGGCGGCGACCCACUUGAUUUUGCGUCGUGUAUUGGCGAAUUAGGGAAUCCCGAGGGCUGUUCCAAAGCGGCUGCCGAUGAAAUUUUGGGGAAAGGUGAAGGAAUUGAGAAGAGUCUUGAAAAGGGCUACGAGGGUGGUGUGAAAUUGGGGGUUUUGAUUGAGGAGCAGCUUGGGAAUGUGAGUCUGGGUGAGUCGACUUUCAUCGACGGUGGGGUAAAGGCUAAGCUUGAAAAUGAGGCUAAUGGUGAUGAAAAUGAGAACUGUGGUGAUGGUGAUGUGAAGUCUGAAGGUGGGGUUUCAUCUUCUUCGUCUUCUGCUUCUUCCAGUGGUAGCGACUCGUCUUCUUGUAGCAGUGAUGAUGAAGAUGGUAAUGGUGAGAAGAAAGUUAUGAGCCGGCUCGAGGUAGAAGAAGGUGAGAUUGUGUUGGCUGAUGAUGUGGACGAGAUGGUUGCGUGGAGUGAUAACGAGGAUGGCGUGGUGGGACCAAUCGUGUCCAAGAAUGAGCUCAAGGUUCUUCCUCCAGUUCCUCCCGUCAAUGUGACCUUGGAAACUCAUCAUGAAACCCUCCCAGUUGGCGUAAUUUUGUCGAUCGUUGGUGCUCAAGUGAUUGUGGAAGGUCUCGAGAAGCACAAUCCACUCAACGAGGGCUCGAUUCUUUGGGUCACCAAAACCCGGUUGCCACUAGGCAUAAUCGAUGAGAUAUUCGGGCCCGUCAAGAACCCAUACUACAUUGUGAGAUACAAUUCGGAGAGUGAAGUCCCGGCUGGAAUCGAGCUCGGCACUUUAAUUUCUUUCGUCGAGGAGUUUGCAAACCAUGUCUUGAACGAUAAGAGUCUCUAUCAAAAAGGGUAUGAUGCGUCCGGUGAAAACGACGAGGAGCUUUCUGACGAGCUCGAAUUCUCGGACGAUGAGAAAGAGGCCGAGUACAGGAAAAUGCUCAAGAUGAAGAAAAGGGGAAAUGACGGGUCGAAGCCCAUGAACAAAAGAAAGGAAAAUCGGAAGCAGAAGAAGCAAAACGGGCCACAAACUCAACUUAGUGGUGGUGACACAAUUCCAGCUAAUCGAGAACACCAUUUAGUGGGCCCCCCACCUAUUUCGGCAUCACUAAAUCAAGAGAAUUUUUCAUUUUCUUUGGGCCCAAAUUGUGAUUUGGCUUCGUUUCAAUCUCAAGGGCCGCCGGGUUUAGGACCUCCCAAUGUAAUUUGGAAUAGUAAUGGGUUCCCACUUCAGAAUGGGCUGCCGGGAAAUGGUGGCAUGCUUUGGAUGCAACAAAACGUGCCUUUCCAGUUUUUCCAAACGCCGCCCCUACAGACAAACAUGGCUUUCCAGCAGCAGAUGGGCCCGGGCCCGCUUCCUGGGCUGCCUUUCAACUUUAACGGGUUGGGCGGGCAAACAAAUUUUGUUGGAGGCCCGAUGAUUGUGCCACCACAAUUGCCCGGUAUGAGCAUGGGCCAGAAUAUGUUGAAUCCGGGCCAAUUCGGUAUAGGUUUGCAGGCCCAACAGGCAUCUGGGCCUAUGAAUGGGGGAGAACAAAAUGGUCCAACUCCUCAGCAGCAAUCGACUGAGACUCUGAAUUUUAGUCAAGGCCGUGGCGGGAGAAGAGGGCACUAUAGGGGAGGUCGGGGCCGAUUUGGUGGUGGUAGAGGAAGGUUCAAUAAUCGUCAAAAUGGUUAA